AUGAAGGCUGAGCCCAAGAUGGCUCGCUUGAUGGAGAAAGCCGGCUUUACUCUUCAGCGAAACAACAGGAUACCCCCACCACCCGCGGUGUGCGAGGAGUGGUGGAGGCAAGCAGAAGAUCUCAUCAAAAGGAAGCACAAGGCUCGUCCCAAGUUCGGGCUUGGCUACAUCAAGCUCGAAGGAUCCGACGAGGAAGAGGAGGGCUCACGAUUCACUUGUCAUGCUACUUUCGUUUCUUCAGGGGACGAUGCCGAAAGUUCACAUCGCGGUAUUCACCGACAAAGCUACCACGACGGUGAGCCAUCGGAGGUAGAGGAGGAGCUCGGGUCUACAUCAGCUCCACCAGAGUUAGAAGAUGGCGGACAACCCACCGUCGAUGAGCUCGUUGAAAUCAACCUUGGGACGGAAGAUGAUCCACGCCCAACUUUUGUUAGUGCCACGCUGACAGAAGAGGAGCGAGAAGGCUAUCGAUGCUUUCUAAUGGAGUACAGGGAUUGCUUUGCCUGGAACUACAAGGAGAUGCCGGGCCUCGACCCUCGUGUCGCCACUCACAAGCUGGCGAUUGACCCAUAUCACCGUCCGGUCAAGCAGCCUCCGCGACGCUUACGUCCAGAGUUUGAAGACCAGGUCAUCGCCGAGGUAGACAAACUUAUCCUUGCAGGUUUCAUCAAGGAGGCUAAGUACACCCGGUGGCUCGCAAAUAUCGUGCCCGUGGAGAAGAAGAACGGCCAGGUACGGGUCUGCCAGGACUUCCGCGACCUAAACCGAGCAUGCCCCAAGGACGACUUUCCCUUGCCCAUCACGGAGAUGGUCGUCGACUCCACCACGGGCCAUGGCGCACUGUCCUUUAUGGAUGGUUCGUCUGGCUAUAAUCAGAUCAAGAUGGACCCAGAAGACGCCAUCGACACCGCGUUCCGGACCCCGAAGGGCAACUUCUACUACACCGUCAUGCCAUUCGGCUUGAAGAAUGCAGGUGCAACAUACCAACGCGCCAUGACGUACAUACUCGGAGACCUCAUCCAUCAGUCGGUGGAAUGCUACGUCGACGACAUGGUGGUCAAGACCAAAGAACGCCAAGAUCACAAGGAGGACCUGCGGGUUGUCUUUGAGCGUCUACGUCGACACCAGCUCAAGAUGAACCCGUUGAAAUGCGCCUUCGCCGUGCAAUCAGGGCUCUUCCUCGGCUUCGUCGUUCACCAUCGAGGCAUAGAGAUCGAGCCCAAGAAGAUCAAGGCCAUCCUCAACAUGCCGCCACCCUGCAAUCUCAAGGAGUUGCGGGCCUUGCAGGGAAAGCUGGCAUACAUUCGUCGUUUCAUCUCCAACCUCUCCGGACGCAUUCAGCCCUUCUCAAGCCUUAUGAAGAAAGGAACUCCGUUCGUAUGGGAUGAAGCUUGUCAAAGAGGCUUCGAUGACAUCAAGAGGUACUUGCUUAGUCCACCCGUCUUGGCAGCUCCUGUAAAAGGGCGCCCCCUUAUUCUGUAUAUUGCAGCGCAGCCUGCUUCGAUAGGCGCUCUACUCGCUCAACACAAUGAUGAAGGGAAGGAGGUGGCUUGCUACUACCUAAGCCGCACCAUGGUGGGUGCCGAGCGGAACUACUCUCCAAUAGAGAAGUUAUGCUUAGCGCUAAUUUUCUCCUUGAAGAAGUUGAGACACUACAUGCUAGCGCUACAAAUCCACCUCGUUGCAAGAGCGGAUCCUAUAAGGUACGUACUAAGCCAGCCUGCGUUGAUGGGGCGACUAGGAAAAUGGGCACUCCUCAUGAUGGAGUUUGACCUAACCUUUGUCCCCCAGAAAGCGAUCAAGGGGCAAGCCUUGGCAGAUUUCCUUGCAGCGCACCCCAUCCCCGAGGACUCCCCGCUCAUCACCAACCUUCCUGAUGAGGAGGUGUUCACCGCCGAGCUCGAAGGUCCAUGGGAGCUCUACUUCGACGGUGCUUCCCGUACGGAGGCCAAUUCAGACGGAACCCCAAGACGAAGAGCCGGCGCAGGACUGGUGUUCAAGACUCCACGAGGGGAGGUGAUGUAUCACUCCUUCUCCCUUCUUAAGGAGGAGUGCUCCAACAACGAGGCGGAGUACGAGGCACUCAUCUUUGGCCUCCUCCUGGCUCUCUCUAUGGAUGUCCGUUCUUUACGGGCCUAUGGAGAUUCUCAGCUCAUCGUCAGGCAGGUCAACGGUAUCUAUGAAGUACGCAAGCCUGAACUGGUGCCGUACUACAAUGCGGCCCGGAAUCUCAUGGGGAAAUUUCUUCAGAUUGAAGUUCUCCAUGUGCCACGAAGCAGAAACGCGCCUGCGGACGCCUUGGCGAAACUGGCGGCAGCACUGGUGCUUCCAGAUGAUAAAUCCAUGCAGGUGACGGUCGAAGAAAGGUGGCUUCUUCCCGCUGUUCUGGAACUCAUCCCACCGGAGUACGAAGUCAACUCCAUCACAACAAACAUGGUGGAAGAGGAUGAGUGGCUGCAACCCUUCCUCGACUACUUCAAGCACGGCAGCCUCCCCGACGACCCCGUCAAGAGGCGCCAACUCCAAAGACGAUUGCCCUCCUACGUCUAUAAGGCCGGUGUCUUAUACAAACGGUCUCAUGGGCAGGAGAUCCUACUUAGGUGUGUCAACCGAGGUGAGGCUGAAAAGAUUUUGCAGGAAAUGCACCACGGAGUCUGUGGCGGACACCAAGGCGGAGCAAAGAUGUACCACGGCAUACGCUUAGCUGGGUACUAUUGGCCCGGUAUCAUGACGGACUGCCUUCGGGUAGCCAAGUCAUGCCACGGCUGCCAAAUCCACGGCGACUUCAAGCAUCAACCGCCGGUUCCUCUACACCCCACUGUUCCCUCCUGGCCAUUCGACGCCUGGGGAAUCGACGUCAUCGGCCCGAUCGAUCCACCUUCCUCGAGGGGCCAUCGUUUUAUCCUUGCAGCGACAGACUACUUCUCCAAAUGGGCGGAAGCUGUCCCGCUGCGGGAGGUGAAGAGCGACAACGUCAUCAACUUCCUAGAGCGAAAUAUUAUAUAUCGCUUUGGGAUUCCACAUCGCAUCACCUCGGACAACGGCAAGGCCUUCAAGUCCAAGAAGAUGUACAGGUUCAUGGCGAAGUACAAGAUCAAGUGGAACUACUCCACCGGCUACUACCCUCAAGCCAAUGGAGCCAUCGAAGCCUUCAACAAGACGCUCGGCAAGAUACUCAAGAAGACGGUGACAAGACAUAGAAGAGACUGGCAUGACCGUCUCUUCGAGUCUUUAUGGGCGUACCGCGUCACGGUCCGUACCCCAACUCAAUCUACUCCCUACUCCCUCGUUUAUGGAAGUGAAGCCGUACUUCCAUUGGAGGUCCAGCUACCCUCUCUACGGGUGGCCAUUCAAGAUGAACUCACCAAGAACGAACAGGUACACCUGCGAUUCCAGGAGCUCGACGCCCUCGAGGAGGAGCGUCUUUAUGCCCUGCAGAACUUGGAGCUUUAUCGCCAGAACAUGGUGAGAGCCUACGACAGGCUCGUCAAGCAUCGCGUGUUCCGGAAAGGUGAACUAGUCCUUGUGCUAAGGCACCCUAUCGUUGUCACACAUAAGACGAAAGGGAAGUUCGAGCCAAAGUGGGAAGGACCCUACGCCAUCGAGCAAGUCUACGACGGGGGUGCAUACCAGCUGGUCGAUUCUCGAGGAUCCCGGCCUAUGCCCCCAAUCAACGGAAGGUUCCUCAAGAAGUAUUUUUGUUGA